AUGUAUGUUUUCACGACUGGAGACGUUGCUGAGUUCAGGCUCAGAAAAUUUUUUGCUUGUUUGUUUUUUUGCUGUUUGUGCUUUUGGCAUCUGGUUGUGUUUGCUGAUCCAGAUGCAGUGAAGUCAGUGUCAGUGACGGAGGGAGAAUCAGUCACUCUACAGACUAAUGUUACUGAACUACAGCGUACAACUCUGAUAACAUGGACAUUUGGACAUCCAGAGACUCUUAUAGCUCAAAUCAAUAAAGAGGAGGGAUUUGUCUCCACAUCUGAUGGUGAUGCUGUGGGAUUCAGAGACAGACUGCAGCUGGAUCAUCAGACUGGAUCUCUGAACAUCACAAACACCAGAACCACAGACUCUGGAAAUUAUACAGUAAACAUCAAAGACCCCACAAAACAGACCACAUACAGAUUCAAUGUUACUGUCUAUGGCUCUGCAUCUCAGAAAAUGCUGAUCUCUGCAGCUCUUGCUGGAUCUCUGUUGAUUGCAGCUGCUGUCGGGAUCUACUGGAUCUGCAGGAGACACAGAAAAACAGACCAAGAAGGAACAGAUCAGACUCGUAAUGAAGAGAUCACUUACGCUGAUCCGACAUUCUAUAAACAAAAAGCACAGAAACCGGUAAGAGAAUUUAUAACUGUGUCAUUAAUGCAUAUUUAUUAA